AUGAUGUGGCGUUGGAGCAAUCCAUGUACAGAUCAAAACCACUUAGUGCUGGUCCCAGGAGUAUUGACAGGUGGAGGCAGUAGCCGCGCCUGUGUCUCUCGCUUCUACCCAGAUGGACCGGCCAGGUUACUACUGACUUUGAAUGUUAAUGGCGAAACCGUUACAUCUACAAGGCAACUAAAUCCAGGUGACGGAGGCUGUUUGGACAUCUCGGUGCCACUUCAGCCUAAUACUAAAGCAGAACUAAGUGUAAAUAUCAGAUAUCCAGAAGUCGGUUGCACCUGGGAGCGUCACUUGCCAAUCCGAAUUUCCAGCGGUAAACUUUUGGUCAUUCAUUCUGAGCGUGCCCGCUACAGACCUGGAGAUCCUGUGAGAUUUCGUCUUUUGGCUUUAAAAGCAGACUUGACGCCGGCACACACUACUCUUCAUGAAGUAUGGUUGGAAGGUCCUAGUGGUGCUUGGGAGGGUUCGAGACUAGCUCAGUGGUCACAUGUGAGGACUCGACUCGGAGUGGCUCAACUUCAGUAUCAAUUAGACGAGCUGUCACCAACAGGGAAGUGGACUUUGAGAGGCAGACUUGCUGAUGGGACUCAGGGAUCAGCCGUUUUUUCAGUAGGAAACUAUGAUUUACCGCCAUUUCAGUUGACGGUUCGACAUGCGCCAAGAGUACUCCGAACAAGCGAACGGCUUGUAUGGACGGUCUGUGUGAGAUAUCCCUGGUCAGAAGCAGUAGAAGGGAUGCUAGUAAUCCGAAUCCGUGGAGCGGGGUCAUCGGGCGGUAUCCGAACAGCGACCCGUAUCCGGGCACCAAGGGCCUGCCACCGACAUGCGGCCGCCGCCCGACGCAUCGGUCUGUUGGGUGACAAUCCACCAGACGUCAUUGUAGCAGAUUUUUCUUUUCAGGAAGAAGGUACUAGGGUCUGGCAGAAUACGACUGUGGUUUCUGAAGUUGUUGAUAAUCCCGUCACAUUGGAGUUUCUGACCAGGCAGAGGACGGUCAUAUCUUCAGGACUACCUUACAAAUUAAAAGUAAAAGCCAUUCGUUGGGAUGACAAACCAGCUUCAAACGAGAAUAUACGAAUCUGCAAAUCAGCGGCUAAAUCUCUAGAGAAAUUCAUGGUGGAUAAUUCCUCUUGCAUAGAGUCACUUACAGAUGAUAAAGGCAUCACGAGAGUUAUGUUUACGGCAAAUGGAGGUCCGUACUACGUAUUUCAGGCUUCAUGUAAAAAUGCAUCAACAAGCCUCCAGUUGAUAGUAGGUUCGAGUACUGGUCGAGCGGCCUUAGGUCCGUUGCGCGCGCAAUCUUCGGCCAAAACCUUAGUGCCUCUAUACGUCAAUCUAGACAACGUCGUACAACCACUCACUGUACACUUUGUGGUAAUCACCCGUGGAGGCAUAAUCUACCGUUGGGGUGCCACAACACAAUGCCCAUCCAGUUCCGACCAAAUUCUUACCGCAAACAGAAACUCCAACUGCGAGAACCUUCGCAACAACCCUGGCAACAUUGGCAAAAACUUUGACAGCUUCCAAAAUUUUGCCGUUGGGUCUAAUACAACAGAUGCAAUGGACUCCCUUCUAGAUGGGAAACUGCUGAAGAUAAUGCUACCGAUAAAAGUGACGCAUCAAAUGUGUCCAGACAGCCAUUUGAUUGCGUACUUUUAUUAUAAUAAUGAAUUAAUAAGUGCAAGCAAACAUCUUGAGAUGGACGAGUGUUUUGCUAAUAAGGUGGAAGCAACCUGGUCGAAUCGUCAAACCGCACCAGGAUCUAUGGCAAGCCUUCAUCUAUCAACUCCAGGACCAGCGCUUUGUGCCCUUUCGGUACUGGAUACCGCAUCAAAAUGGAUUCAGCCAGGAGAGACUAUUCGGGACCUCAUCAUGAAGAGCCUUAGAAAAUUGAUAGAUGGACACAGAAAUAUGACUGAAUAUGACGCGGCGGGGGAAUGUUUCUUUUCUUCUGAAGAACUGUCCCAACUGUCCAGCAGUAACUUAGCCGAGAUGUGGUUAAGUAAUGCCGGAGUAAGACUUUUGGGAGGAAAAACCUUCCGGAAGCAGUGUGACACUCCACCCGCCUUACUUACAGCCGAUGACAAUCUGCUUAGGAGUGACUUCUCUGAGUCGUGGCUAUGGAAGCUUGUGAUGGUAGGCGCUAAUGGUUCAGUGGUGGCGACGGCUCGUGCUCCAGACUCAAUUACACGGUUUGAAGCUUCCGCCUUCUGUGUUUCCAAAACCGGGGUUGCAAUAUCACAGCCUGCUGUUUUACAAGUCCAAGUGGAGAUCAUAACCGAUCCUCACCUGGAAGCCAUCAACGAGGACCCUAAACCCACUUGCAUCCAAGGUCGUAGUUCCAUUGGGCGGAGGGUCAAAGUCAUCGCCAAGAGACCUGGCGCAGCCUUCCUCAGUAUACGCGCGUCUACCGCCCAAUCCUGUAAUGAGACGAGGUUCACCUAUAAACAAAUUAGCGACGAAGUCGUCGUACAGAUUCAAGUGGACCCAGAAGGAGUACCUAUACAAGAACAUAAGUCUAUCAUGCUCUGUGAUAGAGACGUACCUGGGUCGGUAGAGUCCAAAGUCCAUUGGAAUUGGUCAAGAGUAGAUGUUGUACCGGGAACAGAAUCGGUGACUGUAUGGGCUGCGAGUGAUAUUACUGGACCUCUUCUGGCUGACGCCGACGCAUUAGUUCUCUUGCCUCGUGGCUGUGGUGAGCAGAACAUGGCUCGUCUCGCGACCAACUUGCUUGCGCUUGCGCAACUCCAUCCCAAUUCACCUGCUGCGUACACCGCAAAAGAUCACGUUGCAAGAGGUUUCGCUCGUCAACUCCAAUAUGUGCAUACGUCUGGAGGCUUCAGUGCCUUCGGUUCUUCCGACCUUCUAUCUUCCACCUGGCUUACAGCUUUCUCUGUGCGAUAUCUUAGAAGAGCACAUCAAGUAAUAUCUCCAGGACGGCCCAUACCCCGAGCAGUGGAGACUGCAGAAAAGUGGUUGUUAUCUCAGCAAAUGGAGAAUGGCUGCUUCCGGAAUGAGGGUCAAGUCUUCCACAGAGAACUCAAGGGUGGCCUCAACGAAGACGGAGAAAUAGCAAGUGUUACCCUUACCGCUUACGUCAUAACGUCUCUAAUAGAGAGUACAAUCCCAAUCCCCCAUAAAGUCAUACAGAACUCCCUCUCUUGCCUCAGAGCAAUGCCUCCUAAGAAGAAUCCCUCUAGAGCAUAUGCGUACAGCAUAAUAACCUAUGCCUUUAUGAGGUUAAGGCGGUAUGAGAGGGAGUUGAAGCAGAGUAAUGAGGCGACGAGUUGGGGAUUAGGAUUGGGGAUUGAUGAGGAGAUGAGGGAGCUGGUGGGUCUAUUGAAGAUGGCGAAAAGUAGUAGCAACUACGUGUGGUGGGAGAGUGGCAGCCUAGCGACAUCUAUCGAAGCGACUGGUUAUGCGCUGCUUGCGCUGUCAGAGUGCGUCGCAGACUUGCGCAAUACAUGCGCAAACGACGCAACUCGCGCCACCUUGUGGCUCGCUACUCACACCAACGCUGCCGGCGGAUUCAUCUCUACACAGGACACACUAGUCGCUUUAGAAGGUCUCACGGCAUGGUCAUCAAUCGUACCCGCAAACAGCAGUCUAUCAGUGAGGGUGGCAAGUGGGGUGGUCAGCAAAACCGUUGCCAUCACGUCAUCCAACAAACUGCCAGAGGUCAUCAAGCUACCAGUUGGGGAUGUCGAUGUUACUGUUGAUGGUACUGGAUGUGCAUUAAUCCAAGCAACUCGUCAAUAUAACACUCUAAAGCCAGAAGAUAAACAAAACAAAUUGCUCAAAGUACAAGUGGAUGUACAGACCGACGGAACGUUUAACUGUGAUGGAAAUAAUACCUGCUUCUGUGCUGCCGUUGUGGAGGUGUGUGCAGAAUGGAGCGGGGUAUUCCCAGAGAUGGCGCUGAUAGAAGUCUCACUCCCAGGAGGCUUUGGCGCCGAGACGAAACUUCUUUAUCAACAACAACUUCGUACCAAUACAUUACUCCGGCGUAUAGAAGUAUCGGCGAACAAUGGACGUGUAACUUUAUACCUGGGCUCACGAAAUGAAGAUACCUCAAGAGGUGGGCACCAGUGCUACAAGAUACACGCAGUGGGGCCCAAAGCAAAGACCAAAUCUGCCUACGCCAAGAUACUUGAUUAUUAUCGCCCCGAAAACAAUGAUAUACAAAUGUAUACAAUCCCUGAAGAAUGCCGGUCCAGGAUUAGUGACGAUACCAAAGAUAUGUUAUUAUCGGAGAAUAUAUUUAACAAAGCACGAUCUAUAAAUGGAGAAAUCUUAAUAAACUACGACUUUUCCUUCGAAGAUAUUCCAGAAUUCUUCCCACUAGAAGAUCCCCUUUACGAUAAUUUAACUCAAAGAAACAAAGACGAAAACAGUAACAUAACAAUCGACAGUGAAAAUGAAAUAUUGGGAGCUGAUGAUUUAAAAUACCAGAAAAAGUACACGGAAGAAACACAUAAUAAGAUCAAUGAAGGAACUUUAACCAACAAUGAUAGCAUAAAUGUUCCAACUAAUAUGAAAAUAGAUACAAAUAAGGGAAGAAAUAUUGAAAGCAAACGGGACUUAUUCGACUAUAAUAGUCCCGAAACGGAACCGCACAACAUCGAGCGAUUUUACUGA